AUGAAGAGGGUGAAGGGUGUUCCCAUGGAGAGAGAUGGAUUGGCUGAGGAUGAAGAAGGUGAAGGAAUGAAGGGGGUGAAGGGUGUUCCCUGGGAGAGAGAUGGAUUGGCUGGGGAUGAAGAAGGUGAUGGAAUGAAGAAGGUGAAGGGUGUUCCCCGGGAGAGAGAUGGAUUGGCUGGGGAUGAACAAGGUGAAGGAAUGAAGGGGGUGAAGGGUGUUCCCUGGGAGAGAGAUGGAGUGGCUGGGGAUGAAGAAGGUGAAGGAAUGAAGGGGGUGAAGGGUGUUCCCCGGGAGAGAGAUGGAUUGGCUGGGGAUGAAGAAGGUGAAGGAAUGAAGGGGUUGAAGGGCGUUCCCAUGGAGAGAGAUGGAUUGGCUGGGGAUGAAGAAGGUGAAGGAAUGAAGGGGGUGAAGGGUGUGUCCCGGGAGAGAGAUGGAUUGGCUGGGGAUGAAGAAGGUGAAGGAAUGAAGGGGGUGAAGGGUGUGCCCCGGGAGAGAGAUGGAUUGGCUGAGGAUGAAGAAGGUGAAGGAAUGAAGGGGGUGAAGGGUAUUCCCAUGGAGAGAGAUGGAUUGGCUGGGGAUGAAGAAGGUGAAGGAAUGAAGGGGGUGAAGGGUGUGUCCCGGGAGAGAGAUGGAUUGGCUGGGGCUGAAGAAGGUGAAGGAAUGAAGGGGGUGAAGGGUGUGCCCCGGGAGAGAGAUGGAUUGGCUGAGGAUGAAGAAGGUGAAGGAAUGAAGGGGGUGAAGGAAUGA